CGCAGCGCAGCAGGGAAGCCGGCUCUCCAAUUUGGCUACUGGAGUGGAGGACGCGGUGUGGAAAACGGCAGAGCAGGAGGGGGAUUUCCGGGGUGGGGGCCAUGUUUGUGGCUACUGCGGAAUGUCAAAUUUGUGGAGAGAUUGCAGAGGCGGGGAAGUUAUUCCACGUGGUGCUGGUGAAUCUGAUGCGGUUGAAGAGAGAAGAGAUGCAGUUCGACCGUUGGAGGAUACGCUUCUUUGCAAUGCAGUCUCAGCCAGGGUGCACAGAUGUGCGUCGAUCCAUAUGUGUGCCCUGUGAGGGAGCAGAUCUGGAAGAGGGACACAAUUUGUUUUGAUUGCAAUGAUCUUGAGGCUCCUCAGUCGUCAUGACUGUCCAUGUGAAGAUCGUGUUGUACUUAUCGGCCAAAUGGAGCUCUGGUUGCACUAAGCAACAAUGGCACUAAGUCCAUGAGAGGUAACUAAAGGAUGGGAGGACGCCUCUUGGCCAUGUCAGACAAGGCGGGUAGCACAGAGCUAAAGACAUAGCUUGAUGGCUCGAUAGCUCAAUUUAGAGUUGCAGAUUUCAGACAUGAAGACAAUGCCUAUUGUCAAUGUGGUUACUUUGCUGCUCCUGUCGGCCACAGUUGCAGAAUCCUCGGGCACAGUUGCAGGAGCCUUGGGCACGAGCCUUUGGUAUUCUUAUUGCUCUCCUGGUAACUACACGGCAAACAGCAGCUAUGAGCAAAGUUUGAAGUAUCUGUUUUCUGGUCUGCCUCAGAAGGUUUCCAGUUCAUCGACGCUGUUUGCCAGGGAUACUGUCAACUCUGAUACAGAGGUGAUCUAUGCGGUGGCACAUUGCCGAGGUGAUGCGAACGCUUCUGCUUGCAAUAGGUGUGUCACUGAGGCAUUACAUGAAGCAGACGUUUUUUGUGCUUUCAAGAAAGCUGCAGCAUUAUAUGCUGACCUGUGCACUGUUCGGUUCUCCAACGAGACGCUCAGUUGGAGAUCAGAUGUGGAGAACUUCAGGGACAGAAUGGCAAUUAAGGUUGACAGUUCUGACAUCACAGACUUGGAGAUGGGUGUGAAUGCACUAUACACAGCUGUGACUAGAAUGGCAAACUCCUCACACAGCUUUGUUAGCGCAUCGGAAAAGAUAUACGCUUAUGGCACCAGCUACGAGGCUUACGCCCUAGUGCAGUGUGUAGGAGAGAUGACAAAUGCCGAAUGUGGUAUAUGUCUUGAUCACUUGAGGGUUAGCUGCAGUCUAGCUGGACAAAUGGUUCAUAGGAAAGCUACGACCUGGUGUAGCUACAGAUUUGAGCUUUACAACUUCUUCACUGGGAGUCCUAUGGUGAGACUUCCCCCAUUCACCUACAGAGCACACAGGCUUCACUAUCUGGGAUCUCCAACUAUGCCAGUUCUUGUGCUGGAGAAAUAUAAUGAGAAAGAUCUGCUUGAGCGCUUGGGACACAGCUCUUCUGCAUGCUCGGAGCUCAGCUUCAUCAGGAUCAGACACCGGAGUGAAAAAAUGGCAAGCUGCCGCAAGGAAGCUUCCAUGAUGGUCACGGACAACUACACCUCCACCACCAUUUCUCAGUCAGCAUUGAGCUUCGUCCAACCUGCCUGCGGCCAGGCCAGUGCUCCUUCUGCACAGCAGGACAGAGCAUCUGAGGAGGACCUUCUUUCAGCCGGGCAUACACAGGACGGAGCACCCGGAGCACCUGAGGAGAACAUUCUUUCUGCCAAGGAUAUAGUUCAAUGCCCUUCAGCAAUUGUGUGUUUCAGUGAAAUCACAAAAAAUGCACGGGGAAAGAAGAUUUUAAUCUUUCUGGAUUACGAUGGCACUAUUUCACCUAUAAAUGAUAUUCCUGCCGAAGCAACAAUUCCCUCUGACAUACGAGAAGCCGUUCAAAAGGCCGCAGAGCUCUUCCCGACUUCCAUCGUCAGCGGAAGGCGCAUUGAGAAGCUAAAGAAUUUUGUAAAGCUCGACAAUGUGCACUAUGCAGGGAGUCACGGGCAGGAAAUCGUGAUGAGCGGUGAACCUGUACCAUCCUACGCGCCUGUAGGGAUCCAUGAACAGAGGGUAACUCACUAUCUAGAAGAUGGCAGCAGCAAAAUUGAGGGCGCGAUAGUGGAGAACAACAAGUACGCUGUUUCACUGCAUUUCCGAAAUGUUGACCAAAAGGACUGGACAUUGGUCGAGAAACUUGUUGAAGAUGCAAAGGCUGCUUUCGAGGGGCUCGAAAUGACCCGCGGUCAUAUGGUAAGCGAUUUAAUUGGCUAACCAUUGAUCUAAAUGUGUCUUACUAUAUUCAUCGCUGUGUAUGUCUAUUCAAUUAUGUAGGUCUUAGAGCUCCGUGCACAGACCAGAUUGAACAAAGGAACCGCAGUUAAGUAUUUAAUCAACCAUAUAGUCGGCAAACUUGGUCUUGAUAGGUCAGAAGUCCUACCCAUGUAUUUUGGAGAUGAUGUCACAGAUGAAGAUGCUUUUGAGGUCCUCCGUGAGAAAAAACUUGGGUUCGGAGUUCUCAUCUCAGAAGAACCAAGGGAAAGUAAAGCACUAUACUCACUGAAGAAUCCGUUAGAGGUGAAGCGGUUUUUGAAUGAGUUGGUGGAAUGGAGGAUGAGUCUUGAAGCUUUGAGUUCCACUGCUGAGAACGACGACGAGAUUGUUGAAACCAGCAGCAGAUCCUCCAGGUUGCCAAGAUGAUGAUGCCGGUGCUGUAGGUGGUGCUCAAUUGAGGAGCAGCAGCGUUGAUGGAUUGAUGCUUGAUUAAUUCAGGUCCAGUGAACUUUAGGACAAGAACAAUUAAUAAGAAGAGUGCCUGGCAAAUCUUCCACAUGACACGUAAUAAGAGCCAGAAGAAGACUGUUUGUAAUCAGGAAGAAAAAAGGCUUUCCUGUGUAGUAGCACGUCUCUUGUGUUUACUCUGUCAUGUAAUAAGAGCCUGAAGAAGACUGUUUCUUUUGGCAGUUGCUUAUCCAGAUCCAUCCGGAGUAUCUUCAUGUCCCCGUAGAACUUUUCUAUGCAUUGGUUUGAAUGGUCCAUGACUUGAUUCCAAACAUAAGCACAAAGAUAGGAUCUAGGAUGUCCGAAGGCCUCCCUACAUUUUA